AUGGUCGUGUCCGUCCAACUAGGCCGCAUCAAGUCCACUAGAGAACUGCCAAGCAUCGUUUGGCGCUGUAAGUCAAAUUGUGAUAUUAACCCCACGGACGACCCCAAGCAUGUCCUAAGUGCCGCCCGUAUUGGACUCGAAAUAAGUCUGAUUAAUGUUUUAGAAGUCGAGGGUCUGGACUCGAUAACCUUGCUAUCAAAUCAUUUGAGCCCUGUUCAAGAACAAUACCAAGACUCUAGUUUAUGCCUAUCAAGUACUCUGUGUGUACGGGCCGACAACGCCUUGGUUUGUAAAACAAAAGAUGGAAAAACCUCGUCGAUCUUCUGGUGGUCAACUCAACGUGCGCGAGACUUCGUUUCUGACACGCGGAUAGCCUAUGGCCAAGGCAUGUUUGACGAUGUUGAGCAUCCAAUAAACGAUCGAGAGUCUGUAAGAGACACAAAGAGGCAGGGGACCGUGCAACGGGAUAACCAGGGAUCGCUCCACCUCCUUGUCUCUCCGGGGCGCAUAUGA